AACAGGGUCUCGGCCUAGAGCUUAAUUUCCACUAGUUUCUCUUUGAAUUCAGUCUGGUUUGUAGAAAGCUCUUCCCUGCUCGAGCAAUAUGAAACUGCUCCUGUGGAACUCCUUACUCUCUGUGUUAGUGGCCUCUGUGAGUGGAGCUCUUAUUCCUGAACCAGAAGUGAAAAUCGAAGUGCUUCAGAAACCUUUCAUCUGCCAGAGGAAGACCAAAGGGGGAGAUAUGAUGUUGGUUCAUUAUGAAGGAUAUUUAGAGAAGGAUGGGUCGUUAUUUCAUUCCACCCACAAGCACAAUAAUGGCCAGCCCAUUUGGUUUACACUUGGCAUACUGGAAGCUCUGAAAGGUUGGGACAGAGGCCUGAAGGGAAUGUGCGUGGGAGAGAAGAGGAAGCUCACAAUUCCACCAGCUCUUGGUUAUGGAAAAGAAGGGAAAGGUAAAAUUCCCCCUGAAAGCACACUGAUAUUCAACAUUGAUCUUCUGGAGAUUCGUAAUGGACCAAGGUCCCAUGAGUCAUUCCAAGAGAUGGAUCUGAAUGAUGACUGGAAACUUUCUAAAGAUGAGGUGAAAGUGUACUUGAAGCUGGAGUUUGAGAAGCAUGGAGCUGUGGUAAAUGAGAGUCAUCAUGAAGUUUUGGUAGAAGACAUCUUUGAUAAAGAAGAUGAGGAUAAGGAUGGAUUUAUAUCAGCAAGAGAGUUUACAUAUAAACACGAUGAGCUGUAGAAAAAUCUCUUCAUUUGACAUAAUCCUGAAAUGGGAACUGUUUUUAUGAAAGUUUUGUAACACUGUUGAUUUUGAAUUUAGAGCUGGUAUUUUCUGAUAGUAAAGAAAUUAUCUUUAGUUGCGGUGUUUUUUUAAAACGUUUCUAAAACUCCUUUAUUGGAUUUCCAAAAUAUAUUUUUUUCUUUUGAGGUACUGCAAUAGACUUCAUUCUUUGAGCAGAAAUCAAACUCUCAGGCUUUAAAAAUUAUUGACACACACUAUCCUUUUCACAUAGAAAGUUGUACAUUUUACAAACUUACCCUUCAAAAAUGAUGUAGUUAUGACUAUGAUACAGUAAUGGACCUAGUUAAAUUACAGAUACAGUCCAGUAUUUCUGCACUCUGGUUCUUAUGUUUUCUGGUAUAUUUUAAAAUGUUUUUUAUGCCAUUUUCAUGUUAUAAUGAAAUCAUGUAGUUUUUGUUUCCUUUGUGAAUCUGAGGACCCCAGGAAAAUGAUUGUCAAUGCUUGGUUUAUUUAAGGAAAACAUGCAGGGCUAGCAUGGCCUAAUUAUGUGUGUUAAAUGAUAAAAGUUUGUGUAUAUGAAAGAUUUUGCCUAUGGUAUAAAUUGUUGAAUACUAUGUGCUUUCAAAAGGUGCUUUGGCAGUCCUAUAGCAAUAAAUAGGGUUGUUACUUCUUUCCCAAGAAGGUUAUUAAUUGGGACAAAACCCAAUUGCAAUUAGAUCAUUUUUAUUCUACAAUUAUUUCAGAAUAGCAAAUUAGCUUUCAUGUCUCACUGAAUAUUUUUUAGGUUGAUAAAUACAAUCACAGCUGGACCCUUAAAGAGAAAUAAUUUAAUCUGUAUUCAUACUCUAUCUUUAAGCAGGCAAAGUGAAAUCACAGCAGUAGUAAUAGUAUUUAUUGAGCACCUACUGGAUGCAAUUGCACUGAGCUAAGAAUCUGAACUGGGCACUUUAGGUAAAUGCCCAGAUAUGUUAGACAAAAAAUAAACUGCUUUUGAAGAAAUUGAGAGGUUUGGACCUCAUUUAAUAAGCUUGUUUAUCUAUAUUGAUCCAGUAUACCGGAUAAUUGCACAAAUCUGCACUUCACAUUGUCUAAUUAGGCAGUCUUAGAGUGCAAUGUUUUACAGCUAAGGAAAUUAUUCUGUUUCUGCUUAAUUGACAAAGGAGGUGAAUCUAAAGCUGUAAACUCUGAGGCUAGAGUUCCAUGUUUCAAAUUAGAGAGAAGCUCAGGCUGAAAUGUGUCCUAAGAGAAAGAGGUGAUUGAACUAAUGACUAUGAAUCAAUCAAUAAAUCAUAUUUAUUGAGUGCUUACUGUGUUCACAACACUGCCUGGGAGACUACA